GGUGGCUCAAGUGUUUUAAAUACGAUGCUUUACAUUCGAGGUAAUCGCCGUGACUUUGAUCAAUGGGAAAGUUUCGGAAAUCCCGGUUGGGGCUACAGAGACAUUCUUUACUACUUCAAAAAGUCCGAGGAUCAAAGAAAUCCCUACUUAGCAAAGGAUAAAAUCUAUCAUCAAACUGGUGGCUACCUCACGAUUCAGGACGCCCCCUACAAUACGCCUCUGGGGGUCGCUUUCCUCGAAGCCGGCCAGGAGAUGGGCUAUGACAUUCUAGACGUGAACGGAGCCCAGCAAACCGGCUUUGCCUUUUACCAGUACACGAUGAGGCGCGCGACCCGCUGCAGCGCCGCCAAGGCCUUCAUCAGACCCAUCAGAUUGCGCCCGAACUUUCAUCUGGCCCUCUGGACCCACGUUACCCGCGUCCUCAUCGACCCGGCAACGAAACGCGCCUACGGGGUCGAGUUCAUACGCGAGGGCAAACGCCAAGUCGUCUACGCCCGCAAGGAAGUCAUACUGUCGGCGGGCGCCAUCAACUCGCCCCAAUUGCUCAUGCUUUCCGGAAUUGGGCCCAAGGAACAUCUGCAGGAGGUCGGUGUGCCCGUCCUUUACAACUCGCCGGGCGUCGGCCAGAAUCUUCAGGAUCACAUUGCCGUGGGUGGAUUGGUUUUCCUCAUCGAUCAGCCAAUAAGCAUCGUGAUGAAUCGAUUGGUCAACAUUAAUUCGGCGCUCAGAUACGCCAUAACGGAGGAUGGGCCAUUGACGUCGAGCGUCGGCCUCGAGGCAGUCGGUUUCAUUUCGACGAAAUAUGCUAACGCGAGCGACGACUGGCCAGACAUCGAGUUCAUGAUAACGAGCUCAUCCACCAACUCGGACGGCGGCACCCACGUGAAAAAUGCCCACGGGCUCAGUGACGCCUUCUACAACGAGGUCUUCAGCGAGAUAAACAACCGCGACGUCUUCGGCGUCUUCCCCAUGAUGCUACGGCCAAUGUCCCGCGGCUUCAUCAAGCUCAGAUCGAGCAAUCCCCUCCACUAUCCGCUUAUGUACCAUAACUACCUGACCCAUCCGCACGACGUGAACGUGAUGCGUGAAGGCGUCAAGGCGGCCAUUGCCUUCGGGCAGACGUCGAGCAUGAGGAGAUUCGGCGCCCGGUUCCAUGGGAAGCCCCUGCCCAAUUGCAAGCACCUUCCCCUAUUUACGGACGAGUACUGGAACUGCGCCAUUAGGCAAUACACCAUGACCAUAUACCACAUGAGCUGCACCGCGAAGAUGGGACCGGCGACCGACCCCAUGGCAGUCGUCGAUCCGCAGCUGCGAGUCUACGGAGUCAAGGGCCUAAGAGUCAUCGACGCAUCCAUCAUGCCGACCAUUACCAACGGCAAUAUCAACGCGCCCGUAAUGAUGAUUGCCGAGAAGGGCUCGGACAUGAUCAAGCAGCAGUGGAUGAGGAGAAAGAGACGGACUUAUGGGAGCGGCAACUUCUCCGUCGCCGCAUGAUGA